AAGGGCGCCUCAUUCCUCGGACGACUGCUAGGAAACAAGAAAAAAGAGUCCGGCGACAAUGUCACUGACGACGCUGCAUCAGAGUUCAGCAAUCUGCGACCUGAAGGCAUGGAGGCAAACGUCUUCUCCCAGCCCAUUGACAAUAUCCAGUUUAAUCCACGACACCCACCACCUCCCGAGUACAUUCGAGUCAGGGCGCGCGACAAGAAGGACAAGGACUUUGACCAUCUAUUCCUAGCCCAAGAACUUUUGGCUUCCGACAUUCAUCAUGACGAAACACCCAUAUGGGCCAUGCAAUUCAGCAGGGAUGGUCGAUAUCUGGCAGCCGCAGGGCAAGACAAGAUUAUACGCGUCUGGGAGGUUAUCAAGACUCCAGAGGAUCGCAACUCGCAUGCCGAAGAAUCAGACAUUAACCAUCGUCCUCGACUGAGCGCUCCGGUCUUUCGCCAAGAGCCUGUCCAAGAAUAUGAAGGCCACACAUCAACCAUUCUGGACUUGAGCUGGAGCAAGAACAACUUUCUUCUUUCCUCGUCUAUGGAUAAGAACGUACGAUUAUGGCACGUCAGCAGGGAUGAGUGCCUUUGUACUUUUAAACAUAGCGAUUUUGUAACAUCCAUCGCUUUCCACCCCAAGGACGAUCGCUUCUUUUUGGCCGGAUCGCUCGACUCAAAGUUGAGGUUAUGGAGCAUUCCUGACAAGACGGUCGCUUACUGGAGUCAAUUACCAGACAUGAUUACUGCAGUCGCUUUUACGCCAGAUGGGAAAUAUGCAAUGGCUGGAUGUUUUACUGGUCUCUGCAUGUUUUACGAAACUGAAGGUCUGAAAUACCAGACACAAAUCCAUGCUCGCUCUAGGAAUGGUAAGAAUGCAAAAGGCAGCAAAAUCACUGGAAUCCAGUCGUUUCAUACGGGCGGUGAAACCAAGGUUCUCGUCAGUAGCAAUGACUCACGGAUACGGCUCUACAACUUUCGCGACAAGAGCAUGGAGGUCAAAUUCAAGGGCAACAUCAAUGACAGCAGCCAGAUUCGAGCAGCCGUCAGCGAUGAUGCCAAGUACAUCUUUUGUGGCAGCGAAGAUCACAAAGUCUAUAUUUGGCCAACGGAUCCUGACCAGAGUGACAAGAAGCAGAGACGACCGAUGGAGACCUUUGAUGCUAGCAACACGGUUGUAACUUGUGUUGCAUUUGCGCCUCCCAAGAGCAAACAACUACUCGGCAGAUCGGAAGAUCCGAUCUACGAUAUUUGUAAUCCUCCUCCGGUCAUGUUGAUGAGCUCGGCUGAGCGAACUGGUUCACGACCUCCUUCCCGAGCACCUACAGAAGAUGGACUCGAAACCGACCCACAAUCACACAAGCGCCCAGAGGAGUCGCCUGCAUAUCUCGCCCGUUCGACGCAUGCCUCUGGAAACAUCAUUGUGACCGCAGACUUGGCUGGUAGAAUCAAGGUUUUUAGACAAGAUUGUGCUUGGAACAAGCGCAAAACGGACAAUUGGGAAACAUCUUCUGUCUUCUCAAAAAGAAAACUUGGCCGUACUGCAUCAAUAGCCACCAAAGGCAGCAGUCGCAGCCUGCGCAGCUCGCACGGUCGACCCGAAGGUCCGCAAGAUAGGAUCUUGUCAUGGCGUCAGGGCAUC